AUGUCACCGUCAAUAAACGCUCAUCUAUUGGAAGCUUUAAAUGCAGCUAGUAUACAAUUAAAUCGUUAUUUUUCAUUAUUUAUUUUUAUUUUUGGUUUCACUGGCAAUAUCCUUAAUAUACUUGUUUUAACCGAAAGAUCACUUCAUUCGAAUCGAUGUGUAUUUCUAUUUCUUAUGUCAUCUAUUACUAAUCUUAUAUCAAUAAUAUUGGGUUUAAUACCGAGAAUAUUAUCAAGUUGGCAAAUCGAUUUCAUAGAAACAAAUGACAUUUUUUUUUGUAAACUACGUGCUUUUAUUACUUUUACAUCAAGAACAGUUGAGUUAGAUUUAAUUAUGUUAGCCACUUGUGAACGAUGGAUUAUGUCAUCGAGGAUUGUUACUAUUAUAUCGAUUGCUAUUUAUUUGCAAAUGCUUUAUUGUUAUAAAGCAAAUCUUAUAAAUACACCAUUAAAAUGUUAUGGUAAAACAACUGCUUGUCGUCUUUUAACUGACAUAAUAUAUUCGUGUUUCACUAUUUCAUUUCCAUUAAUACCAAUGGCUGUUCUUGGUGUAUUGACACUAUCAAAUAUACGUAAAAGACGAAGUUCGACAAAGACAACGAUGGAAAAAAUCGAUCGUUAUUUACGUCGAAUGCUUUUAUUACAAGUUAUUUCACUUAUUCUAUUGAUUUUUCCACAAGCAAUUCAUAAAGUAUAUUUUACAAUGUCAUCAAAUAAAAAUAAAUCCCAAAUGCAAUAUGAUUUCGAUCGGUUUUUAUAUAACUUUGAACUUCUUUUGCCAUUUAUAGAGAGUGCUUUACCAUUCUAUAUUUAUACAUUGGCAGGUGGAAAAGUAUUUCGUAAUGCAUUAGAAAAAUUAUUGUUUUGA